GCUUACGAAAUUUUCUACCAUACAUACAUGCCAUAUUUAUCCCACCGCCUAAACCUGGUCUAUAAAUAAAUAAAAAAACGCGUCUAACCAGUUCAGUGGUGACAGUGUAAAAGAAAGGGUGAGGGUUUAGAGAGUUAAUAAUAUGGCGCAGCAAGUGAAUAACGAAACAACACCUUCAACACCGGGGAAAUUAAAACCGGAUAAACCUCAUCACCGCUUUAGAAUCCACCCUCCACAUUCAAGAUACACAUUCAUCUGCAUUCUCUUAUCCGCUUUUCUUGUUUUUCUUUUAUUCUCCACCUUCAACCCUCCACCACCGUCAACCACCGCACCCCGCCGUGUCCUCGGUGACUCAUGGGGUGGUUCUCACUGGGAACGUCUUGUGUCGAAAUCAACUCGCCGGAAUUCGGCAUCCAACAAAAUCGUUCUCGUCACCGGAUCCGCUGGUUUCGUCGGAAGUCAUGUCGCACUCGCUUUAAAACGCCGCGGCGACGGUGUUCUUGGGAUUGAUAAUUUCAAUCGGUACUAUGAUGUUAACCUAAAACACGCCCGUCAGAAGCUUCUAGAACGCGCCGGAAUUUUCGUCGUGGAAGGUGAUAUCAACGACGGUACGCUUCUCAAGAAGCUUUUCGAUGUGGUUCCGUUUACUCACGUGAUGCAUCUCGCGGCACAAGCUGGUGUUCGCUAUGCUAUGCAAAACCCUAACUCAUACGUUCACAGCAACCUCGCUGGUUUCACCGUUCUUCUAGAAGCGUGUAAAUCUGCAAAUCCUCAACCAGCAAUUGUUUGGGCUUCGUCCAGCUCCGUUUAUGGAUUGAAUUCGAAGGUUCCUUUUUCGGAGAAAGAUCGAACAGACCAACCGGCGAGUCUCUACGCGGCGACGAAGAAAGCCGGUGAAGGAAUUGCACAUACUUAUAAUCAUAUCUACGGGCUUUCAAUCACCGCGUUGCGAUUUUUCACGGUUUAUGGGCCUUGGGGAAGGCCUGAUAUGGCGUAUUUCUUCUUCACAAAGGAUAUUUUGAAGGGGAAACAGAUAACAGUGUUUGAAUCACCAGAUGGUGGAUCAGUGGCUAGGGAUUUUACAUACAUUGAUGAUGUUGUUAAGGGUUGUUUAGGGGCUCUGGAUACGGCAAAAAAGAGUACUGGGAGUGGUGGGAAGAAGAAGGGUUCGGCUCAAUUUAGGGUUUUUAAUUUGGGGAAUACUUCACCUGUUCCUGUGAGUAAGCUUGUUGCUAUUUUGGAGAAGCUUUUGAAGGUUAAUGCAAAGAAGAGAGUGCUUCCUAUGCCGAGAAACGGCGAUGUUAAAUUCACUCAUGCUAAUAUUAGUCUGGCUCAGAGGGAAUUUGGUUAUAAACCUACCAUUGAUUUGGAAACAGGGUUGAGGAAGUUUGUGAAGUGGUAUCUUGAGUUUUAUUCUUCUGGGUCUAUCAAGAAGGGAUCUUCAUCUUGGUGAUUCUUUUGCUGCAUUUGUCAUUGCUUUCUUUUCUUUUACAAUGGAUAUUUUAGUUUAUUUUUCUCUUUUUGUAAUUUGCUUUUUUUUUAGUCUUCCCCUUCUAGGUUAGUCCUUGUACAUUCUUCAUUUCUGAUUUGAGAGAUCAAAUUGAUAUGACUCUACUAAUUAUGUUUCAUGAUAUGCUCUCUUUUUUUAUUUUAUUUUUUAUGUUUUGAAUUCAGAUUCAGGAUUCUGAUUAUUGCCUGGUAAUAUGAAAUUGUACUCUGAAUUUGAUUGUAUGAACAAUUUAUUUAAUUAAUUAUUCAA